AUGUUUGAGUUUGGAAGCAAGAAUGCCUUUUUCAUACUUAUUGGAGCGUUUCUGGUUGGUUCCUGGGCAGAUUUGGGGUCAUUGACUGAAACUACCUUGAGGCCGUCGGAUCAGGACACAAACAGCAUAGAAAAUCAUGGAGUUCACACCAUCAACCUGACAGCACACCUACACCGCAGCAAAAGGAGCUCCAACAGCACACGUUUAGACAUACUGGGUCCAUCUCAUCUCUCCGCUCUUCAGGACCUUCUUUCAGACCGCAAAAGCACAGUGCGCCUAGGCCUACGCAUUGCAGUCAGAGGUCCCAAUGAACUUGUUGAACAACAGCUGCGUCUUCUUUUGAGCAAAGAGUCAGGACUCUACAAUGCCGGGGAUAAGGCAGGACUGUUCUCCAUGAGGGUCUUGGGGAUCAAAAAGGUCUCUUCUUCUUAG